AUGCAUGAUGAGGUUAUUGAGUUGGCCAUAGAGUUGCAUGGCGCACUCGGAGUCAUUUCUUCACGCUAUUCAAGUGACUCAAUAGUUGACAUUUUUCCUCAUUUGAUUUAUACAUUGAAUCGUCUCGAUGCCUGCUUGAAAACCAACUCGGAUUUGCAGUUCAACUUGACAGAGGUUUCAGAGGAGAACUCUUAUCUCAGGAAGAAAUUAGAUGAGGAGAUACAAAGGAGAGUCCAAAGCUUUGAGGAGUCUUUGAGCAUUGAGGAGGAAUCUGAAAAUGAAAUAAAAAAAUUGAGACUAAAGGUAAAUGAUUUGUUGGAGUCCGAGGAUGAAUUGAGGAAGAUUAUCAGAGAAAGAGAAGCCAUAGUCAACGAAAACGGUGCACAGUCAGUAAUAAAUGGACUAGAAACUAUUGAAUGUAAGAGUUUUGUUAAUGAGUCAACUCAAACGAAAACAAAGAUUACAUGUCUAGAUUGCUCAAAUCUUCAAAAAGAGUUGAAAGGGAGACAACUAGAAUUGAUGGAAUUGAGGCAACGUCGCUGGGAGGAUGGGGUUGAGAUGGAGGAGAGAUUUAAGAGGGCUUUCUCAGGACGAGAAGCUAAGAACUUAGUCUCUGAAUGCUCUGGUGUAUCCGUUGAAGGUGCUAACAAACUACAACCACAAAGUAGUAAUCUUAAUAGAAGAACUCAUGAAGCUAAAAUAAGAUGUUUCUCUGCCAGUCAGGGCAGGAGGGUCUCCAAUAUAAUUCGUUCAAAGAGUGAUUAUAGAGUUUCUCAUAUGAUGAAACCGGGCGCAAAAUUUGAUAAGGUUACAGAAGAAUGUGAGGGUAUAUGCUCUGAUUUGGACAAGAAGGACCUUGUUGUAAUUAUUGCUGGAACUAAUGAUGUUGCCUGCAAUGAGGCUGAUAAUUUUAUCCGAUUGUACAAACGGAGGCUUGAGGGGUUACAGCAUACCAAUGUUUCAAUUUUCUCAGUGCCGCAUCGCCAUGAUCUUCCCAGUUGGUCUUGCGUCAAUAAGGAGAUACGGAGAACUAAUGAACGUUUGGAAAAAUUAUCAAAACAUUUCUCCAACGUCCACUUUACGGAUUUGAGCUCUUUGGGGCCGCGGUUCCACACUUCACAUGGCCUACACCUGAACUAUCGGGGGAAGAAAUAUAUCAGUGAAAUCAUAUUGGAUAUUGCUGCUUCAAUCGGAACAAGACCUAAAUCAACCAAUCCAACAGUUUUUCCUGUCUCAGUGAGCUCAGUGCUUCAUUCUGGUCGGCUGGAUUCUUCUCAAAUAGUGGAUAAUGGUGUACUGUCGGCUGGUCUGUUGAUUCCGGCCACUCAUCCAUUCAACUUGGGAGCUUUUCGGAUUGAGAUAACGUUUCCAGCUGAGUAUCCUUUUAAGCCUCCGCAAUUAAUUUUCAAGACGAAAAUCUAUCACCCAAAUGUCGAUGAGAACGGCAACGUGUGUUUGUCGAUUAUAAGGCCUGACAGACAACUGGAAGCCGGCCACCAGAUUGUCGCAGAUCAUCGACUCAGUCGUCGGUCGCUCUUAUUGACAACCCUGAUGCAGAGCACCUCUACAUCAAAUAAAGACUACAUCAAAGACCGCAACAAGUCGGAUGCAAGAAGGAUGCCGAACAAUUCACCAAAAAUCACAGUGAAAAAUUGCCGUCGAAUUAAGAAGUUUGGUUUAGUUUCUAGUUUAUGUAAGUGCUGAAUCAAACAUACCGUUCUUGAUAAUGCCCGUUUUUGUACAUCAAAAGCCUAACUUAUAAAGUAUCCAAGAGAUGUUUCAGUGUUAACAAAAUACUUUAUCAACAGCUAAAAUACGUAGGCCUAAUCUACAAAGAAUUGAUAAAUAUAUUUGUCCUGAUAAGCUAAGUAGCCUAUUGUGUUUUGUAUUUGAAAAAAUAAUAGCCUACCGCAACUAAGUUUUUUAUUAUUGUUUAAAAAUCAGUUUCUAUAAAUUAUUUUAUAAUGUUUGUUUCAAGUUAUAUUUGUGAAUGGUCUAGAAAAUAACAUUGUGAAGCUAAUCUUCUAUAAAAUAAUUAUAACAGAUUAAAAAGAAAACUUUAUGAGAGUUUUGCUUUGUAGAUAAGGGAAUAAUAGGCUAAUUCUAUGGUUUCUUGUGCAUGAAUAAGUAAAUCCAUCAUUUUGAUAAAGAAAAGCAACUGAUAUUAACUUUAUAAGAUAUUCUUUUAAAAAUAGCACACGCGCUAACCAAUCUUAUCAAUUAAAAUUAUAGAAAACCCUUUAAAUUAAACAAUAAAUAAGACUACAUGGAAAAUGAAAUUUUUUUUUAAUAUGAUACAAUUUUGGGCUUUGCCUUCAGUUUUUUAAAAGUGCUUGGUGAGUACCUACCUAUUAGGUCUGUAGCAGAAUUUUAUA